AAAACAAAUGAAGUGCGAUCAGAAGUGAGUAUCGAGAUUUUUUUUUCCUCCCAAGCGUUCGAAGUUUACAGAAAUAAUAAGAUAUAGUGCUUCAUUUUGAUGUUGUUAGUUACUAAAUUUUAAUUACAAUUUUCUACACAUAUUUGUUUUAAGAAUUUCAUAGCAAAUUUUGUCGAUGUAUAAAAUAUUUUUAAAAAAUGUUGUAUGAUGUUGCUAGCAAUGUAAAAGUAAACAGGCAGGCGCGUGGCACGAAUUUUGUAAAUAUAACCUAACACUAUUCGUUAACUCGUAAUCAGAUGUUCAAGGCUGAUUUUAAAUAUUAUAAAAGUAAACAUCCCAAUCCAGAAUUAUCAGCUAUAAUAAAUAUAAAAGAAAGUUUUACGGAACAAAAAAGAAUAAUUGCUGCGUUUGAUCCGAAGGCUUCAUCUACGUUACCACGUUCAUUGGGGCUGAAAUCAGUUACAGAAUGGAAUAUCUGUGAAUUAUCUACAAAUCCAGGUCUGAUCUUCAUAGUGAAUCCAUUCACAACUGUAGGCCAGAGGUACUGGGUCAGCCGAUGCUUGCAAGACUACACUCGCAAACCAAACAGACUGAACCUCGAUGCUCACGGAGAUGUUGAGCCAGAUGGUGAUUGGUGGGAGAGAUGUCAUAGGAAUGGAGAAGUGGAUGAGUUGCUGCUGAAGAAAUUAAGAUGGGCAACUUUAGGCUACCACCAUAACUGGGACACAAAGGUGUACAGCGAAGAUGCUCGAGACACGUUCCCCCUGGACCUGAGCUCGCUGUGCGAGUUUGUGGCUAAGGCCGCGGGACUCGGCGGGUUCGCAGCGCAAGCCGCCAUUGUGAACUUCUACCACAUGGACUCCACGCUUUCGGGGCACACCGACCACUCGGAAGCCAAUCGAGAAGCCCCGCUGCUGUCGUUCAGUUUCGGGCAGAGUGCUAUAUUCUUGCUCGGUGGACCCACAGUGGACGAGAAGCCGUCGGCCAUCUUGGUGGAGAGUGGCGACGUGGUGAUAAUGUCCGGCCCGAGCAGGCUCUGCUACCACGGAGUGCCCCGGAUCCUGCCCGCGAGGGCGACGCCGUGGCUCGGGGCGGGGCCCGAGAGCGCUGACGGAGAUGCUGCCACGGUGCAGACGGACACUCCGUGCCCAGGGACUGAUGUGGGUCUGCUCGGAAAGUGCUCGGACGAAUCGUUUUGGAGUUCGUUCGGUCGUUACCUGAGGACCUCCAGAAUCAACGUGAACGUGCGACAGGUGCUACUCCCCGGGGAGAGCCGCAUUUUAGGGCCGUCUUCGUGCGUUGGGGCCAGACACUGCUCGUGUGAAUACUCCAUGGUUAAACUAGAGUGCACAAUUGAAAAAAAUAACAGUAACAGUAUGUAGUGCGCUCAAGAUUUGACCGCCAUGUUUUCGAACCUACUGAUUCACAAUAGCGCAUAGCACAUAGGAUGUUCAUGUGCAUGGGAAACAGGUAAUGUGCACAGCAGGGAAACGAAUAUAUUUUAUUUCUGUUACGGACGCAUGCGCAACAACCAAUAAGAGUAGAGAAGGAAGCCGUUUUGGCGGGACUAGAGAACUGUUAACAAGUAUCAAUUAUCAAUCAUAUUGUAGCAAGAAAUUGUCGAGCUAUUACAAUGAUCAGGAGUAAAACUUGCUUUAAAAAUAAAUUAAUGAUAUUACUUAUAAGUCACUAGCAAAAAUUGUAAAAAAAAAAAAUUGGUUGUCUGUAAAAUCGGUUUACGGACGAUAGUUUAAACGUGACGUCAUAACAAAACAUUGAUGGAAUGAUUGAUCCAGAAGAAAAAGAAAUAUCAUAUUCGGCCUGAGACUGAGCCGUAAUAGGUUUUUGCAACCAAACCAUUUAGGCAUUAAAAAUAUUAUAUUCUUUGAGGAAGAAAUUUUUUUUUAACUUUUCUAUCUUUUGUAUGAUAAAAUCUACCUCUGCAUACUUUUAUGAAUAAAAUUGAAUCAUUUGUAUUGAAUUAUCACUAUUUUGUAUGGAUACAAAGAAGGAGUGAAAUGAAAUGUACAAUUUAAUUAAUAAAUUUACUUUUAUUUGCAUUCAUUAAUUCAAAUAUAUUAAUUACUUUUGAAAUGUUGUGUGCGCCGUAUUUAUUUUUACAAGUACAAAAAAAAAAUUCGCAGAUUGUAAGUUAGCGAUGAUAACCGCACGCCCACAAGGCCAUACUUGAAAAGUAAUAUUUUCAGAUGUUAUAUACAUAUUUAUAAAAAUUUUUGUUCACAGUAGGGGAAUAAUAUUAUUUCGUUUUUUUAACACGAUUUUAUAACAAAUACGCAUCCCAAAUACACCAAACGUAUUUAUAAUGUGUUACAAUAUUUUUUAAAACGUGCAAAAGAUCCCGGGUGUAAUUUGAAUUAUUAUGUGUAACUGUAAAACACCAUUGUUGGUUCAAAACAUAUUUGAAUAUUCAACAUUACUUUUAAAUAACCGUACCGAUUGUGCUGAAAAUUGGUGGACGAUCAUUAAAUUACAUAAUAUGAAUAAUUCAAACGACGAAAAUAGGAUUGAAAAGUCAAAUCAAUGGUUUUUCCAAUUGAGUGGAAGAGAGAUGCCACGUUUGCGUACAAUGAGCAUGAAGAGAGAUGCCACGCAUGCGUAGAAUGAGCAAACAGGACACAUCCGUAGUGGGACACUUUUUCGUGCGUGCAGCCGGCGUUCAUCGAUUUAUUAGACGUCACGUCAAAAAAAGAUUCAUGGUUAGAAUGGCUAACUAAAAAUUUUAUAUAACUCUUAUUUAUUUGUAUGUUGAAAAACUGUGCCUAAAAAUUGCUGGUCAGAUGUCACGGAAUAAUCAUUUAGUAGUUAAUAUAGUUACUAACACUGCCAACAGUUGUCGGAUACAUUGCUAAAUUUAAUUGGCUGAAAUUAACAGUAAUAUUACAAUUGUCACAGGUCUUUUGCACAGUCAUGUGCAUGUCCUGCUAUGCACUGGCUUAUGUGUUUUAAUUGUGAACCCAGCCUAAAUUUUAAUAUAUUAUUCUCAAAACAGUCAAGAGGGUAAAAAAUUAAAUAAAGUUAAACAACAAUAAAUACAACAAAAAUACUGUCACAAAUACAAAUAUACAUCAGAACAUCUGCCCGGUCAUUAUGAGAUUAGUUUGUUGUGAAUUCCCAAAAUCACUACGGGAAAAUACUGGGAUGGUUUCUUAUCAUUGACAAGGAUUAACUUCUUAUCCUAAUAUCCACAUUCUCUGUAGUUUUGUGUUAUCGUCUAAUGACCUAACUACACAAAUUUGGUUUUCAAUAAACUACAUUGUUAAAUUAAAGGUUUGUGAUAUUUUCUAUAUGUGGUCAUCUUGUGGGCACUAAAACCCAUGUAAUACAAGCUUACAGCUCAUGUUUGGAUCCAUGCAAUGAGUAAGUUUUAAACUGUUGCCUACAUUAAUGUUUGAUGUUGGAGAUUAGAUGUCUUUCUGUAAGUUCCAUCUUGUGAGUAUGUACUCAUUUUUUGCUUUGGUUUGUUGGCUGUAAGCGUUUUUAUGACAUACCACAAAAUAUUAAUAUAACAAGCUCCACAUAUCUGAAUGGUUUUUCUAUGAGAUGUGUUCAUACACAGUAGCCACAAACAAUAUUUUAAGAGAAGAAAAUUAUAUUUGAAUACAUUCACAUACCUUACAGCUUACAUCACUAACUAACAUUCACUGAACAAGGCUAAUGUG